AUGGCCCAGGUGAAGGUAGCGGUGGACACAGUAAGGAACCCUCAGGACUACACAGAGGUUUACUCAGACAUGGCUGCUGUUACCUCCAGUGCAGAUGUAGGUGAGUCUGUGAGGAAGGGGACAUUGUGUGAGACCUCCAUGGCUGUGGGACUUAAUAGGCGGAGCAGGGGCUACCCCUCCCCGGCCAGGAGACGCCACCGCACCACCUUUAGCCACAAGCAGCUGGAGCAGCUGGAGGUGGCGUUUGGGCAGAAUCAGUACCCUGACAUCUACUACAGGGAGGAGUUGGCUUGUAUCACAAAGCUCAAUGAAGCUCGCAUACAGGUGUGGUUUCAGAACAGAAGAGCCAAGCAGCGCAAACAGGAGCGAGCUUCCCAGAAAAUUCUCCCGGUGGGCGUGAUGCCGGGCCACAGGGCCCUGCUAGGAAGCGUCCACGUCCAGCCACACGGCAUGGCCCGACAGUACUACCCCCAGCCCCUGCCUCACAUCCCCCGCCUCUCCCCCAUGCUUACCUCCGGGCCGUACUCCCACCACCCGGGCCCAGUCAGCCGGUGCCCCUGCCCCAGUGUCCCCCCACAGCCGACCUCCCAGCGGCAGCAUGACGACUGGUACGGCCCUCUGAGGAGCAACCUCGCCUCACCCAUGUUCACCCUGGCCUCCAUGCAGCCUCUGGAGCCGGCGUCACACUGGAGCUAAGGAGUAACCAUAGCAAUGGGUUAAGAUGACACACAGAAGAGGAAAACGAGUUGCAGUCAUAUCCUGAUACGUUUGCAUGUUUUGAGUAAAGACUGCAGAUAAAAGUUUGCUUGUUAGAGUUUGUGCAGAGAUGAAAAAAGAAAAACAAAUCAGUGAGUUUUACAUGUAUUUUAUUUUGGCUCUUUAAUUCAUUUCAUUUGUAUCAGUUUGUAGUUUUUGACAUUAUGCAUAAAUAAUUUCCCUUUAGAUUUAAUAGUGUCUUCACUUAAUUUGUGUAUAUUCAUCCAUUUUUGCAUAUCAGGUUUGAGGUACAUUUCUAUAGAAAAUAUCAUUUUUACUUCAUUAAUCCUGACUGGAAAAUUCAGCUCUGUAUUUGACUCAUCUCUGGUAGAUUUACUAGAGCGCAGCGGGCUGCCAUGUUUUGGCACCUGGGAAGCGGC